AUGGACUCGAUACUCAUUGUUGGCUGUGGCGUCUUCGGCCUUUCCACCGGCCUGGCCCUCUCGAAGCGCUAUCCCAGCUCGAAAAUCACUUUCAUCGACAGGCAUGAACCGCCGGUCCCGGACGGCACAUCGGUCGACACAACAAGGGUGAUCCGCGCCGAUUACCAUGAUCCCGUCUAUUCAGAACUCGCUCUGGAGUCCCAACGGCUUAUCCAAAAGGACCCGGAGCUCGCACCCCACUACUACCGCAGCGGCAUGAUCUAUGCUCAUUCCGGUGCAGGACGCCACGGAUCCAAAAUCUGGGAGAAAGAAUACGCUUCGGCCCAGACGCUGCAGCAGAAGCGUGUCGAAAGCGGAGAAUUCUCCAACCAAGGAUAUCUUCGCCAUCUCCCCUCCCAUGCCGCCAUCUUCCAGCGCGUCAAUGGACAGGGUUUUGAGCCUCAGUCCGGUGAGAAGCAAUGGAACGAGGGCUAUCUAAAUGAAGACGUUGCCUUUGUCAACGCCGAGGAGUGCAUGCGUGUCUACUACCACAAGUGCCGGAGACAAACAAACACGCAUUUCCUGUUCGGCAACCCUGUCAAGAAGGUCAUCGUCGACGGCGGCGUUGCAAGGGGGGUUGAGCUUGUUGAUGGGAAGCAGCUGACCGCCGAACUGGUCAUCCUGGCUACUGGGGCCUGGACGAAUACCUUGCUUGACUUGCGAGACCAGAUGACUUCUACUGGACACGAGGUGGCUUGGUUGAAGCUUUCGCCCGAGAUGGAAGAGCGGUACAAAAACAUGCCGAUCACCACCAACUUCACCACCGGUUUCAACAUUUUCCCGCCGCUGAACGGAGAGAUCAAGUGCCUGCGGCGCUCUCCUGGCUACACAAACACCAGGACAGUGACCGACUCGGCAUCUGGUAGGAGCUUCGAGGUUUCGGCACCUCCAGACUCGCCCAGCCCCAUCCCCGCAGACGCCGAAGCAGGUCUACGAGCAAAUCUCGCCGAGCUGUUCCCCCCGCUCGCCGAGCAGCCCUUCGACAGGACCAAGCUAUGCUUCUUUACAAACACACCGACGUCCGAUUUCCUGGUCGACAGACACCCGACCAUCAAACACCUCGCCCUUGUCACUGGCGGAUCCGCUCAUGGAUGGAAAUUCCUCUGCGUCCUGGGAGACCGGGUCGUGGAUAUGCUUGAAGGGAAACUUAACCCCGACCUGGAAAAGAGAUGGAAGUACAAGCUGCCCGAGGACAAGAACCACAACAUGGAGGGAGCGCCGCGGGCCGAGGGCGAGAAGCAAGAGCUGAAGUACUGCAAACCCAUCGCCAUCGUAGGCGCUGGUGUCUUCGGACUCUCCACCGCCCUCCACCUGGCCCAGAGCGGGUACAAAGACGUAACCAUCUUCGACUACCAGCCCUACCACGAAAACGGCUAUUCCACCGCCGCCGGCUGCGACGCCGCCAGCGCCGACGAGAACAAGAUCCUCCGCGCCUCGUACGGCGACCGCAAAAUCUACCAGGACCUCGCCUUCUCCGCCAUCCCCCACUGGGAGGCCUGGAACGCGGCCAUCGCCUCGACCACCUCCCCCCUGCCCCCGGGCCUCACCCCCACAACCGCCAUCUGGCACCCGUCGGGCUUCCUCCGCCUCAGCGACCACGGCCUCGACGAGCACGAAGCCACCACCCAAGCCAACUUCCCGCCCAGCAUCAAGCACACCCAAUACCACAUCUUGCCUUCUCCAUCAUCCUUCGACCCCUCCGGCCCCGCCCGCGCCGCCGCCGCCGGCAUCCCCCCCACCAAGCUCGACCCCUUCGGCCGCCGCGCGCGCAACCUCCCGCUCGACGGCGUCCUCGACACCACCGGCGGCUACGUCCUCGCGAGCAAGGCCUGCGCCUGGGCCCUGCACCUCUGCGCCCGCGCCGGCGUCAAGCUGCGCCUCGGCCCCGCGCACCGCUUCGUCCGCCUGCACCUCGCGACGUCUUCUUCACCCUCCCCCUCUCCCUCGACCGGCACUGCCACGUCACCUCGCCCCGUCGUCACGGGCAUCCAAACCGCCUCCACCCCCACCCACCCCGCCUCCCUCGUCAUCAUCGCCUGCGGCGGCUGGACGCCCGCCGCGCUGGGCGCUGCGGCGCCCAGGUCCGGCAUCCACGACCUGCUCGAGACGACGGCCGGCACCGUGCUGACGGUGCGGAUCCCGCGCGCGGAGCGGCCGGAGCUGUGGGAAAAGUUCGCGCCGGACGCGUUCCCCGUGUGGAGCUGGAAGAUGGCGGGGUAUAAUGGCGGGAGUGGCGGUGGCGAGCCGCGGACGAGCGUGGGGGGGUUGUACGGGUUUCCGCGGACGGAGGAGGGGGUGGUCAAGUUUGGGUUUAGGGGGGCGAAGUGGACGAAUUUUGUGGGGGGUGGGGAUGAUCGGGGUGGGGAGGGAGAGGGGGAGGGGGAGGGGAAGAAGACGACGACGACGGUGAGGAAGGUGUCGUUUCCGAAGACGGGGGCGGGCGAGGUGCCCGAGAAGGCGAUGGAGGUUGUGGAGAGGUUUUGCGAGGAGAACUUGCCGGAGCUGUUGACGCUGCCGAUCGAGACGGCGAGGCUGUGCUGGUAUACGGAUAGUGUUGACAAUGACUUCCUGGUGGAUUACAUCCCGGGGACCGAGGGGUUGAUGGUGUGCAGCGGAGGCAGCGGGCAUGGGUUCAAGUUCUUGCCGGUGUUGGGGAGUAAGGUGGUGGAGGUGAUUGAGGGGAAGAAGGACUCGGAGUACGUCAAGGCGUGGAGGUGGAGGGAGAGGCCGGCAGGCAAAGCAAAUGGGCUGGAGGAGGGGCCGAGCGGAUGGAGGACCUUGGAUAAACAACGCAUGGUGAGUGGCUGGAAAAAUGGAAAGGCGGCUACGAAGCUCUGA